GCUUUCUCCGGGUCCUCCCCUCUCUGAGCCCUUUUGCAUAAGGAAAGGGAGCUCCCUGUUUCUCUCUGCGUGUUUCCCACCCUUCCACCCAGGGGAGGGGGGAAAAAGGCUGCUUGUUUCUCUCUGUGUGUUUUUCCCUCCUCCACCCGGUGAAAAAGGCUGCUUGCUUUGUUUCACUCGGUCACUGAUAAAGUCUUCCAUCGGGAGCUUGCCUACUUCAGCGUUGUCUGCCUUCUGUGCGUUGCCUUGCAUGUGUUCAAGAUGAAUCUGGACAAACUCAGCAAACCUGAACUACUGACACUAUUUAGCAUUCUUGAAGGGGAACUAGAAGCCCGAGAUGUUGUCAUAGAAGCCUUGAAGGCCCGGCGCAGAGAUACUUUCAUUGAAGAGCGCUAUGGACAAUACUACAUUAAUAAUCCAUUUACGGCUCUUCAGAGAGAUUUUGAAGCACUGAAUGAAGAGAAUCGUGAGGAUAAGCAGCCUGUUUGUACCAAUCCCUUGUCCAUCCUGAAGGUAGUGAUGAAGCAUUGCAAGAAUAUGCAAGAAAAAAUGUUGUUCCAACUAGCUGCAGCAGAGAGCAGGCACAGAAAGGUAAUCUUGGAUCUUGAGGAAGAGAGGCGGCGGCAUGCCCAAGAUACUGCUGAAGGAGAUGAUGUCACAUACAUGCUGGAAAAGGAACGAGAGCGGCUCGCACAACAGCUGGAAUUUGAGAAGUCGCAGGCGAAGAAGUUUGAGAGAGAGCAGAAGAAGCUAUUGGACCAGUUGGAGGAGGAGCAUGACCGCCAGCAGCAGCUUUCUGCCAUGCUUGUGUUGGAGUGCAAGAAAGCCACAGCCAAAGCCGCAGAGGAAGGACAGAAGCUUGGGGAGCUGAGGCUGAAGCUAGCUGAGGAAAGAAGCAAAGUAAGCCACUUGGAGGGAGAGCUAGCAGCCCAGAAGAAGAGAGGCUUGCAAAUGGAGGCGCGAGUGGAGAAGCAGCUGUCCGAGUUUGACACUGAACGGGAGCAGCUGAGAGCCAAGCUGGUUCGGGAAGAGAAUCGCACCAAGGCCCUGAAGGAAGAAGUAGAGAAUCUGAAGACAACUCUAAAAGAAUUAGAGGCCUCGUAUAAAGCUGGGAGAGGCAAAGCAGAGCACACGCCACCAAAGAUCUCAAAGGUAUCCACAGCAACUGCCACAGAGGGCUCAAGUAGGUCAGUCACUUGCCAGACAGAAAGCCCCUGGACAGAGAGCCUCAGCCAGGGAAGUACUAUUCGACGGGCACCUAUAUUAUCGCCUAUCUCUGCCACUGCUUCCCACUCUUAUAUCAAGGCAAAUGGGCACUGUGAUGCUCAUGUACAAGCAAGUAUGGAGCCAGCUCUGCCCAAGGAUGAGCCGAUUGGACCAGCAGCUGAGAGGGCCACAGAAAUUAGCAGCUCCCCAGCGAGAACAGUUUCCCUUUCGCCUUCAACCCCACCAGUCCCUUCCAGUGGGAUAUUCUUUUCUCCGAGCAACACAGCUUCUUCAUCUCUGACACCCUCCCCAUGUUCCUCCCCAGUGAUGACUAAACGUUUGGUUGGAGCAUCAGUCAGCAGCCCCAGCUACCAAUCUUCGUACCAAGUGGGGAUCAACCAGCGCUUCCAUGCGGCACGUCACAAAUUCCAAUCCCAAUCUGAUCAAGAUCACCAGCCAAGCGGUCUCCAAAGCCCUCCAUCUAGGGAUCUGUCACCCACCCUGGUGGAUAAUUCUGCCGCAAAGCAGAUUGCCCGUAAUACAGUCACUCAGGUUCUCUCCAGGUUCACCAGCCAGCAGGGUCCCAUCAAGCCGGUUUCUCCCAACAGCUCCCCCUUUGGCACAGACUACCGAAGCCUGGCCACUCCCCUGAGCCCCAAAAGUGAGUGUGGCCCAGGCAAGGUCUCUGGCCCAUUGAGUCCACUGUCACCUGGAAUUAAAUCACCAACCAUACCCAGAGGAGAAAGAGGGAACCCUCCACCAAUUCCUCCCAAGAAACCUGGACUGACUCCUUCUCCAGCCAGUCCCACUCCACCAACUAAAACCUCCUCUCAGGCAUCUUCUCUGGGUUCUCCUAUGGACUUGGCAAGUAGCUGCUCAAGCAAUCCUGUUGUAGCCAAUGGGAAAGAAAUUGAGAUCUUAUUGCCAACCAGUAGCUAGCUUCCAAAAGUGUUGCAUUCCAAACGUUUGCCAUUCCUGAAGCUGAAACAGCUGCUACACUGUCUUAUCAACUUUACGUUAUUUAUUAUUUGGCUAGUAACAAGAUCUGUUUGUAUAGCACGUUUAGUGUACUUUUCCUUUUGAUUUAUGGUAUAUAGAAAAUAACACAACUUGUGUACAAACCUUUAAACACUAGAUCUUCGAGGUGUCUUAACGGCAGCAGGCACAUCAAACAAGCAGAGAAGCAGUUGAUUUCCUGUGCUGGGAGCUGACCAGUGGACUAUGACAGUGAAGCAGUUGCUUUUAAAUCAUGAAACCAAAAUACACUCCAUGCAGACUUCCAUUCCAGACAGACGUUUCCUAAGAAGUGCCUGAGCUUAAGCUGCACUGCAGCCAUGCAUGUGUUUCUCUGCAAAACCAGAAGUGAUUGUCCAAUUGAAGCAAGCCCAGAUUCCUCUCUGAAUCAUGAAUGUUGAAAUACCGUAACCACUGUCCUUAAUCCUUUCCAGUAGUUCUGUUAUCAGCAGAAAUGAAAUGUUCCAGAGGCCGGCCAAUUGUUUCCCUCUUAGGAACAAAGUCAGUUAUGUUGCUGCACUGUCAGGCACAUUUGGCCUUAAUAGGGAGUUUUGUACAUCCUGAGCUUUUUCUAUGUGACCAUGUAAACAUAAAAGGGGAGGGGGAUUUAAGCAAUCAGGUUGCCAUUUCCCCCGUCAAGUACUCAUUUCUUUUUAUAUGUAGAGAGAGAAAAUAGGUGAGAUUAAAUCUGGAAGUGUUCCACUAGUUUUUAAAAAUAUUUUUCACAUAUUUUGCUGUUUUGUAUGUAGAACCUCUGAGAGCAGAAUCUUCUGAGAUAAUGAUCUUAACAUUACUUGAAAUGAGAAGUGGUUAGUCAGUUCUUUGCAUGUUUUAGCACUGGAAAGAUAGGGAUCCGUGCUAGAUGAUUCAAAGCAGUAACGUUGGGUUGUAUCCAGCUAAGUUUUUCUCAAAGUAAACCCAUGGAAAUUAAUGAUGCUUGCAAAAGUCAUCCCUCCCUGGGAAAAGUAUAGCAUUUUCAAAAGUUGUGUGUGCUGCAAGGAGAAAAGGAAAUUUCUCCGUCAUCUACACAAACACAAAGUAUUUCUUUUUCUCUCAAGAUCCUCAGGGAGCCAGAAACAUUGUGUGGUGUUGGUGACUUGCAGUUCUUGCUCUGCCCACCAGCAGCUCUGGUCACACUGACAUCUGGACCUCUGCAAAGGUCCCUCCCUGGUGGGGAGGUUGUCUUCUCCUGCACUGGACACGAGGUCUUGAUGCUGCUUCAAGACUCCACUAUCUCCUACUCUAAACUUUAUUUCUAAGCUAUAUUGAAGUAUUUUAGCAAAGUGACUGAUAUUUCUGAGACUAGGAGGCCAUACCACUUGACCAUAUACCUCUUAAAUUUUAAUCAGCGUACCGUAAUUUCAGUUGGCUGCCCCUACACUAACAGUACUCCAGAAUGUCUUAUAGAGAACUAGGAAAGCACACAAACAGUCCAUUUGUGCAGUACAAGUUUCUGAAUAUGGUCUGUGCAGCUGCAUACUGGGUGAAUGGUUUCUUAUUGGUAUCUCUGUGAAUCAUGAACUAUAAGGGCAUUGUAGCAGCCCUUAAAAUCUUUCCUUGGAAUUAGACUAACUUGUAUCUUGAUAUGAUAGAGAUUUAUAAAUAAUAAUAUUAUUAGGAAAAUGCACAGAGUAUUGUAGUCUACAGUGGAUGGUGGGAAGGGAGAAGGCAAGAGGAGAUUUAUAUUUUUGCCAGUAGUCUGUCUUCAGAGAUUAAGCUAAACACAACUAUUAAAAUGUUCCCAGCUAAUCCAGUAAGACAUCUAGCGUUAGUAUAGCGGUUUUCUAUAGACCUGAGUGUAUGCAGGAAAAAACCAACAUGUUUAUUCUUCUCAGAAUCCUGUAUCGCUGGAGAAGUUCCUGGAUAAUAAUGAUGAUAAUAUAUUUUAAUGAAGUCAAAACUGCAUAAUCUAGUAUUAUCAUUAACACUGGUAUAUUUGUAAAGUCAAUUGUAUGAAGCACAGUCUUUUUACCAUUUUUAUAAUUGGCAGCAUUAAACACUUCAAAUGUUCACACUA